AUCGGCUUGAGAGCAGGUGGUGCAGCAGGCUUGCUACAAGAGUCCAAUACUGAAGCGCGUGCUUCGGUAUCUGCAACGGCUUCCAUUUCCGCAGCAACAGCUUCGACAGAGGUAGAAGUGAGUAAAGCCGUAGCAGGGUCUACGGCUCAAUCAAUGUCAUCGAACCUGGGAGUGGUGACGCCAGGCUUCGCGGGGCCUGAGCUGACAAGCACAAGUGGCGUUUUGCAUGGUGAUGAAGGGAGCACUGAUAUUGCACACUCAAAUAUGGCGAUUGCAACCACCGCGACAACGUCAAGUAAUAUAGAAGGUAAUGCACCCCAACUGACUAAAGAAGGCGACAGAACGGCAGCGGCAUGGCUCCAAGCUUGGCCGUCUUCGUCGUCAAGCACGACCAUGUCGACUCAGCAAAACUAUAGCUCGGGCGCACCCUCGACUUUGGCCUGCCCGGCAGCUGGAGCGCGGUUGCGAGAAUUGUCGUGCUGGCCAACCGCAGGCGCAAGCAGCAGUAGUAGUUUUGGCAGCUUAAGCGAAUCCUCAAAGCCAACGACAUGUGAGCUGAAGAAGGAGCACCAGGUACUAGAAGAAGUGCCAACCACAACAGUUGCGGUAGAUGCAGAGGACCUACGACGACAAGAGCGGUUACGAAAGAAACGAGAACAAAAACAGGCGGGUGGGCAAAAAUGGCUCUUCGCAGGAAAGGCGUCGAAGAGCGGAGAUGGAGGUAGAUCCCUCUCCCUGGAGAAUUACGCGGCAGUGCAUGCUCACUACCGGCACCACGGAAAAGAUCUCGUUCAACAAGAUGACGAUCGAAUGACUUUCUCCUCUCGCUAUGCUGGUUCUCGCGACGUUCUGGAAGAGCACGAAACGGGUGGGACGACAUUUGAUGUUGUUGAAGAUUUCCAGACCUCUUCUAUCCAGAGUUUGUUUCCUUCAGAGCAGCAUGUUGUCGCUCCCUCGCUUUGUUUCGCCGGAGCCACGACCACCUCGUAUAACGUUCCUGUUCCUGGAGUCGGUAGUUGUGUCAGUACAACUAAUAGCAGCUCUUCUGGUAGGUGUUCAAGCUCAGCGGACAAGGGGGUCAACACUGUGUCGACUGUUGAUGUUCCGACUACUUCGCCGAUGCGGGAACAACUAACCCUCAGUGCGUCUUCUUCAUCGUCCACCGGUGCCCCCGUACCGAACCAAGCCGAGAAUAUCACUUCUGGUACAACAUUAGUAGACACAGACAAACAUGACGGUGUCAGUAACUUGUUCCGCACGCCAAAUAAGAGAGACCACCAGCAGCUGCAACUGGGGUUACAAAAACCACUUCCACCAGAACGAUCAGUAGUUGCUGAGAAGUUUGAAUUUCUUCCGAUGACGACUGCACCUGCUAGGCGUGGUUUUUUAGAAGUAGGCGAUUCGUCCUCUCUAGAACUCGAAGCCUGCUGGUGGGGAAUGCGUGUGACACGCGUGAACACGCCUCAGCGAGAUCUUGGUGUUGGUGACACGAUAGCGUCCGUCGGCAAGCAUUCACUCCAAGGUCUGGAAGACGUUGGACUAGCCCAGAAAAUCUUCGAUUAAGACUGGUCAAAUAGAAUACAUAGGUAUUUACCUGAAAGGAGACCUCAUUCGGUUUCGAUUAACCAAAAUAGAAGUCUUGUCUCUAGUACUAGGUUGUGGAUUUUUGUUUGACUUCGAGCUUACGCGCAUCAACUUUGUCUUUUCCCAUCUUCAUGUAGCGGAAAAUUAUCGGCAUAUGUCGCCGAUUAUUGUGUAUCCGGAGGCGCGCCUUGAGGGUAUCAUACCAAGGACGAAUCCCAGAAGUCCGACCGCAGUUGUAACUAUGUCCGAGGACUGUCGCGAAGACCUAGUAGACCAUGUAGAAGUUGUAUCCGGGCAACAGCUAGAUGAUCAGGAGCAAAGCCGGCAUCUGCCAGCCGAUUUUCUAGUGGACCUUGAAUCGUUUGCUAUGAGCUACCACCUGUUGGCGCACGUGGAGGAGAGGAAUCAUUCGGAUCAUUUAGUGGUGCGGGGAUGUGAACAGGCGAUUAACGCCGGUGUGGAAGAGCUCACGGCACUUGUUGAUCACUACUUCAACGCAAAAACUGUACCUCCUUUUGCUUCUCUUUCUCUUCGAGGAGGACCUGUUGAACACGUUGGCCAUCUUGGGGUUGGGACGGCGACUACUUCUAAUCCUAAUGCAUUCGUGCUACCACGACCUGCUCAACAAGACUCGGGGAACCAAGAACGCCGGGAGAAUGACGACGGAAGUGCCGUUGGUGUCUGAGAGAUCCUAUCAUACAUAUUUACACGCACACGUAAGAAUUAGUUUCCAUCAUCUAGCUGACUUCCAUGGUCCACAUGAUAAUAGGUAUAAAUAGGUACGCAUCUUCUUGUAUUCAUAUGUCGGAAUGAACGUCACCGUUGUCACUCAUAUAUGUUCCAGGGGUGGAGGCUCCCCCCCUGUGGAUGGAGCGGUGGUGGCGUCCGCGCGCCCUUUUUUUCGCGGUGGUGACAUGUAAGAACCUGCGGGGGCGAAGGCCUCCAAAGGCGGAGCCGGAGGCUCCUGGCGGCUCUCCGCGUGUACCCCACAGGCGUCCCGACUCUUGGACCCUAUCAGGGGGACGGCCUCCGGGGGAAGAAGGCAGCCGAAGGCGGCCACGGUCGCGAUGCCUGGCCCCUUUGGCCCUCAUCCUCCUAAUUGGUGACAGCGUCCGCGACCACCAAACCCCCGGGGGGUUGAGGACCAAAGGCGCGGAGGAGUGAGGGCAAGGCGUGCCCGCCUGGGUUCUGUCGGAUACAUGCAGCACGGCGAAAGGGGUCAAGCCUUGCCACCUGCUGCCCUCGGAGGCCUUCCACCUCCCAAGAGACUCCCCGAGUGAGGAACCCACACCCUGGAGGCCUGUAGGGUGCAUGCAAAAAGCCAAAGGGGGCCCACGCCCAGCCUUGCCACCUUGCUUCGGAAGCCUUGCACCGCCGGCCUUCGGUGCUUCAAUGGCCUCAGGGAGGGGGGCUCUGUAGGGUUCACGCAAGAAGCGGGAAGGGGUCGGAGGUGGGCGUUUGGAGGCUUUUCCGCCCGGCAGUCUCUCGGGAAAAAGAAGCAGGGGCGGGAGGCCCCCCCCUCAAAAAUUUAGAUCGGGGGGCCUUGGCCCCUGGAACAUAUGUAGUUUCUUUUUCUACUUUCUUACAAUGCAUGGUCGCUUCAUCUUCUUCUUGAUUCGGCGACCUGUGUCAGUUGCGGUUUAGUUGCCUGCUAUUGCCAAGGGACCUCGCAAAUUAACGACGCAAAUUAACGACGCUUCUCCCUCGUCAACAGUGUUUCGUUCUUUAGAAUUCUUAAUCGGAUGUAUGUUAGAAAUGAUCUCUGGUAAUCUUUCAAUAUCAGCACCGAUGAUCAUACUGAUGAUUUGUGAAGAGGGUAUGAGUGGUGAUGUGAAAAUAUGAACAUGAGGUAUCUAUGAUGAUGAGAAUUACACACGUAAAUAUAAAAGAAUGUCUUAACCACCACGCGUUUUGAUUGCUUUCGCGCAACCCAAUCAAAUCCUAUUCUUUAUUUUCUUUUGCGUAUUGACUUGGGCUCGACAUUGGCAUGAUGAUGAUGAUGAUAGAUGUUUCUCGCUUCUAUCGUGCAAAUACAUAUUUUUUCCAGGUCAAUGUCUAUGUCAACUUCUUCAUCUACGUCUUCGCCUUCGUGCCGGGAGCUCUGGGCUGCAGGUGGUGCUUAUGGCGCAGAGCCCAGAGCACCUCCCUGCUCUACUUCAUCGGUUUACCAAUCAAAACAUGACAGGUCCUCCAAAGCCCUCCCUAUCUUCCACCUCCACAAAUUCGUCUUCGUUUAAGAUUAAAAGCUCUAGUGCAGGGGUUAGUCAUCUUAACGACCUACAAUCUAGUCCUCUCAUCAUAUUUAUAUGUUAUGAAUUAUUCAGUUUCAGAUAAUUUAUUCCGAUCAUAAUCUAUCACCGCUUUUUUGCGUCAACUAAACUAAGAUGUCACUCUCCAUUCUACUAUCACGAGGAGCAUCAAUCGUUUUUGGUUCUUUCUCAUUUUAUCAUGAAACUUGUGCUCUUGUUCCCUACAGGAGCAGUAUAAAGAAGAAUGACUCAUUAUGCGAAUAGGAUGAUGCGGUCCUCUUAGUCUUGCCACGAUGAAUGAACAACAUGUUGAACAUGAGAAAAUUAUGGUCUUAUUUUUUCAAACUAGUGAGUCUGGGUGUCACUGGUGUUACCUUUUUUAUGUUUAAUUUCAUCUGCAGCUGUCGCUGGUCUUACUACUUAUGUCGAAAAGAAUAUGUCUUGUUCCACCCUACAUCGAGAAGAAGAUGGAAAAAAGAGAACUGCUCUUCUCGCUCCAAAGAAGAUUGACACUUCAGAAACUCCUUCUCUCACUCUAUUGCUUAUCCUGGGAGAGUAGAUGAAGGGUGCAAAACAAGCAGACAGAAGAUCAUCCGUG